AUGCUACCCUGGGGUUCUAGGGGCCCCCCUGGUGGUCUAGGGGGUCUAACGGGCCCCUCUUUCCCUCUUCCGACUGGCGGAUGGCGGAGCACAGAGGACAAAGGAUGGGGCCCCUCUGUUCCUCCCCCCCGUCUUAUACCCCAAAGGAGUUACCUGCGUCUCUCUCAGUCUCUUAGAUGGACACAAGGAGGAGUUGUUGUUGAGAGCCAUGCUGCAAGUGCACAAGUUAUGUGUACAGUAGCAUCAGAAGAAACUGCUGCAAAGGGAGAGCGAGAUUUAUCAGGACGCAGCAGCAGCAGCAGCAGCAGCAACAGCACGGGGUUACCUAGCAGCAACAAGAGCACAUUUAGAUCAACAACGAAUCCAAUUGGAGGAUAUAAAAGACAGCAGCAGCAAGUUUAUCCUAUUGUUGCUUCUGCUGCUGCUGUUCGUGCUCAAUACACAGCAGGGGCCCCACACACUAGAGGGGAGAUUAAAUCUGUACAAUUCCUUAGGAGGAUAGAGGUCGUACAUACAACCACUGCUGCAGUGCAGCAGCCGCAGCAGCAGCAACAGCAACAGCAGCAGCGUUUCAAUAGCAGCAGCAGCAGAAGCAGCAGCAGCAGCAACGCCUUCAACAAAUUCAACAGCAGCAGCGGACCGAUAGGUGCUAUAGAAGGUCCUCAGGCUUAUUUGCGCAGCUAUAGUCAAGGUACUGCAGCAGGAGGCCUUCCUGCUGCAGCAAAACCUACUGCAUCUAGAGGCCAACCUCUGCCUUGGCAGCAGCUACAAGCUCUUGAAGAUGGCGAAGCAGCAGCAGCAGCAGCAGCAGCAGAAGCAGCAGCCAGAGGAAGGGGAGGGGAGAGGAGCACUGUAUUGCGGCGUUCAUCUUCAGUUGCUAAUCGUAGUGGCGUUGCUGCUACCGUUGCUGCAGCAGCAGCAGCAGCAGAAGGGUUUGAGCCUACAGAUAUAAGUAACAGCUUAAUUGGAUCAUUUUUAGACUUAAAGGAAAUAAAAACAAAAAAAGAAAAUAAAAAAGAAAGAAAAUCAUCUGCAGCAAUUCGUCGUCGCAGCAGCAAUGCAGCAGCAUCAGCAGCAGCACCAUUAGAACUUUCUAGUGUACGUACGGUUAAGCGGCCGUCGCUGCAGCAGAAGAUUACCGGCCAGCAGCAGCAGCAGCAGCAGCAAAUGAGAAACGGCUCGCCAGUAGCAAGGAUAGUUGCUGCUAGGCCUUCUAAGGCUGCUGCAGCAAGAAGGAAGAAGACUCUUAGCAGCAGCAGCAGCAACAGCAACAGCAGCCGUAGCAGGAGCAGCAGCAGGAGCAGCAACGGUGGCGGAUUUGCGUAUCCAACGCAAUCCUAUGCUCUUUCCUCUAGCUUUAGAAAGGAGAUGUGGGGUGUAUCUCCACCAGAAGGAGCAGCAGCAGCAGCUGCUGCUGCUGCUGGACUAGCAGAAGACACGGACAUGUCUUACAUACAACCUAAAUGGAGGCAGCAGCAGCAGCAGCAGCAGCAGCAGCAGCAGUCGUCCCGUUAUAUGAGUACAACAGAGGCAUACUUUGGCCGAGUGCCAAAGACUUCUAUAGACUUCCAGCGUCUCUUUUCUCAUAGAAAAACAGAUAAGAAGGGGGGUCUAGGCAGCAGCAGCAGCAGCAGCAGCAACAACAGCAGCAGCAACAACAACAGGGGUAGGGAUAGGGAGGAGGGAGAUGAGAUAACUAUGAAGAAACAAAGUAGUUGGUGGCCAAGACGCAAAACAACUGCAGCAGCAGCAGCAGCAGCAACAGCAGGAGCAGGAGCAGCAGCAGCACCAGGGAUGGAAGCAGCAGCAUUUGAAUGGCUGCAGCGUGAUGAUACAAUUGACGAAGGAAGAAAAGGAAAAGAAAAGAAUAAAAAAGAAAAAAAAAAAGAAAAAAAAGAAGAAAAAAAAGAAGAAAAAAAGAAAUAUAAGACACCUAAAGGAUUAGAGGCAGCAGCAGUUGUUCGUGCUGUUGCUGCAGCAGAAUCAACAGCAGCAGCAGCAGCAGCAGCAAGAGCAGCAGCCAAUCCUCGCUCAUUGAGAGCACCAUGGUAUCCAGUAGACCGAUCUGAUGCAGCAACAGCAGCAGCAGCAGCAGCAGCACCUGCUGCUUUAGGGUUGAAUGAUUGGAUGCAGCAGUAG